AUGGCUCCGACGCUUCUACCAACACGUGGCUCCUACAAAGAUGAGAAGAAUCCAUCCAUUCUUAUCACGAGCCAAGACGAUUUCGAUCUCCAUGACGACUGGAAUGAACGUGGCAAGGGCCCCAUUUCCCGUUUGCGAAACUCGUGUCCAGACAAGUGGUCGACAUCUCCUACUUUUCGCUGGAGUUCACGUCGUCUCACAGCGUUGUCAUCUAGUGUUAUUGGUGCUACCACAGCUUUGACCACGCGUGCCAAACAACUCGGUGUAGGUAAAUCCACUCACCGGGCUAUAUACCAACUUCGCAAGUCCAUCGGAGAAGUAACGUCUCGGACAGAAGGGCCCUUGAUGGAGGGGUCUACUCCAGUUCACGACCAAUCUAAUGGGAUCGAUGGAAUGGACGAUAACCCCGAAAAUGAAGGCAUUUGCUACGAUGAAGACAUAGAUGAUAGUUUAAGAGACUUCAUUCCGUGGAUCCGAGCUUGUACAUAA